AUAUAAGAGACCAUUACCCUUAUAUCUCAAAGGAAGAAAGAAGUAAAAAUCCCCAUUCCCCCAUAACCCCUUCUGUGUGUGAAUUUGGCGACAAUGGAUCGAACUCAGCUUCUUCUAGUGGGUUUACCCCUUUUUCUGUUCAUCUCCGAUCUCUUCCAACUAUUUACUCCUCCACCUCAAAAACCCAAUUCCGAUCACCACCAUCAUCACCACCACCAGCCGCCGCCAGUGAUCCAACAACCUCAGACUCUUGAAUUUCCUACUCAGAAAACUGGUGGUAUUGGUGCAGUUGGUAUUGGUAACACUGUCACGAUUGAUUUCUGCUCUUCUUGUUCUUACAGAGGGACAGCUGUGACGAUGAAAAACAUGUUGGAUAAUCAGUUUCCUGGUAUCCAUGUCGUCCUUGCUAACUAUCCUCCUCCACUUCCAAAACGUUUGUUGGGCAAAGUAGUACCCGUUUUCCAAUUUGGAGUCAUUGGCCUUGUAAUGGCUGGUGAACAAAUAUUUCCUAGGUUGGGUAUUGCGGUACCACCUCCAUGGUUCUAUCAGUUGCGUGCGAACAGAUUUGGGACUAUGGCAACAACUUGGCUCCUAGGAAAUUUCUUUCAGUCCAUGUUGCAAAGUUCUGGUGCUUUCGAAGUGUAUUGUAAUGGUGAACUGGUUUUCUCUAAACUGAAAGAGAAUAGGUUCCCUGGCGAACUCGAGCUGAAAGAUCUAGUUGGCAGAAAGAUUACUAACCCAGCGGUAGUUGAUGGCCUUGGUGCAUCUUCCUGGUCGUAGAUGUGUAGAUUUCACGAGAUCAAUGGUUCCACAUUAACUUUAGACUUAAUGUUGUGGCCUUUCCAUAUCGAUAGACAUACAUGCAAUGAAAACAUCCACCAGCAUCUUCUUCAGAAAUCGUUGUUUUGCUGCAAAUGUUCUCAACCAGAAACAUUCUAGGGACUGGUUAUAUGAUAUCGAUAAAAAUGACACUGAAAGAAUCUGUGACUUUUGAUUUUUAUAAUGUACAAACACUUUAUCUCACAAUGCAAACAGUAUCUAGUAGCAGGUUGAAAGAAUAAUGAUAUGCUUAAUA